UUGUGUCUCGUCGUUUGCGGAGGGGGUCACCCUCUCGUCAAAUGGUCCGCCGUUCCCGGACAAUUCCAAGUUGUCGCCGGCUGACGUUAUCUGCUCGUCAUCUAGUAGUUUUCCUCUCGUCAUCUGCUGGUCCCCGCAAAUCCAGGUGCUUCGCUGUCGUUUUUGUCGGUCGUGGCCCCGCCCCCUUCCCGUUGCCUCGAUGUGGUUUCCUGUUUGUCGACGCGAGCGCGACGGAGGAGAGCGUUCACGUCGGCAGGGCGGGCGGGAGGAAGUCGGCGAGCGACGGCGAACGGCUGAGAUCCUCGCGGACGCGUUCCGGUCACGUCCGCCUCGGCCCUUGUCUUGGCCGCUUUCUCCCGUGCGCCUCGCUGGCGGCGUUCCGAGAUGGCCGCCUGAGACGCGCAGAAGGUUUGUCACCCGUCUUUGCUUUUGGCCUCGGGCCUCAUCUCAGUUUCUUCCUUGAGUCGUCAUCGUCCUUUGUUGUCUUUCUGGUCGUCACCGCUCGUUUCUUUCUUCAUCUCGUCUUUGUCAUCUUUUUCUUCACCGCCUCCUUCUUUUUUCUCUUCUCCGUCAUCACUGUCGCCCCCCAUCUUUUUCCUUCCUCACGAGGAGAUCGAGUGCGGCGGCGGCGGCGGCGGCGCUGUGACUUCCGAGUGCGGCCUGUCCGCCAUGUUGUCUCCCUUCGACGCUUCGGCGGACGCGUCUCUUCCGGCGACGAUGUCUGCUGCCAUUUUGGCGUGCGUCGUGGUCCUGGCGUUGAUCUGUCUGCGCUGCAGGGACGACGGCCCACCUGCAGUUUCCAUCCGGGAAGUGAGCAACACCGACGACUACAUCCCAUCGGAUCACUUCAGACUCGUCUGCCGACCGUUACGCCUUCGGAUCGCGGCAGUCGGCGCAGCAGUCGAUCCGACGUGGAGCCCACAGAAAGCGAAAGUAACCACAGCUACCAGAACAACUGCGAAGAACAAGACUUGUCAGAAUCCUCAAGCGGGGAUUACUUAAUCGUGUUGCCGGAAGACGAGCCCCCCGCGACCGAUGGCAGCGGCGCCUCCACGCCCAGCUCAGGUGAAGCCCACGACUACGAAAACAUCCGCGAGGCCUCGCCAAAAGAUGACCGAGACUACCUGAACGUGAGUCCGCUGCCCCCCGGAGAAGAGACCCCAACAUUGUCGUCCCAAAGUGACGACAGCGACGGCGAGGGGAAGUACGUCAACGAAGGCAGCGUGAUGACGUCGGCGUGAUGUGGAGGAAGAGGGCGGAGUCUGGCUGAGGUCACCUGGCUGAGAUGCUGCAGUUGAACUGCUGCGGAUUUGGAUUUUUUUUUUUUUUUUUUUUUUUUUGUGUGUGUUGACGUGACAAGUCCUGAGAAUGUUUUCAUUCACACUAGUUUUGUUUUUCUGACAUUAAAGUAAACAAUCAUCACCUGUUGCCAGAUGUUCAAAUGUCACCGCAGCCGGUAAAUGUACUCGCUACUGAAGUCCAAUUACAGAUACUUGUUGAAAACUACUGUGGUAGUGGCAGUGGAAGUACGCGAUCAAAGCCUUUCCUUGGGAAAAAGUCAAGACUGAAAUGAACAAAAGUAAAAAAAAGUAUUUGUAUUGUCAAUUAUCUA